AUGCCCUUCGGGCUGAAAAACGCGGGAGCCACUUACCAGAAAAUGAUGCAGACGUGUCUCGCCACACAGAUUGGCAAGAACAUUCAAGUAUAUAUCGAAGAUGUCGUCAUCACAACAAAGACAGGGUCAUCCCUCACCGAUGACCUGCGUGAAACCUUCGACAACCUCAACAAGUUAAGCAAUGAUGAAGCCGACGUUUUGGCACACAUCGGCUCGCAGUGCCUGCCAAUCCCACCUGGUGUUUUCAGGGAGGAAAUCAGUGAAAGGUCAACCAAGGCAAAGAAAACACUGAAGCAGCCGAAGAAAAAGGAAAAGGCCAAGAAAGACUCGGGGGCUCCAGCAGCUCAAGAAACACAUAUAUCAGAUGAUGAGGAAGAACCAGAGGAAGUCAUGAUGAUUGAAGUUCCAUGGAUGCAGGUGUACGUAGCAUACAUCACAAGAAAAGAAAUACCCCAAGAUCCAGUGGAGGCACGAGGAGUUAUCAGACGAUCCAAGGCGUUUACUGUGGUUAAAGGAGAGCUAUAUAAACGAAGUAUAUCAGGAGUGUUGUAG